AUGAUUCUCGCAGAAAAGAUUGUAUCACUUGCAUUGUUAAUAUCCUUGACAUAUGGAGAGUCGGAAAAUAAAAAGACCACUAAAAGAGGUAUCGACGAUUAUGGAUACCCAAUUGGAUAUAAUGGCUGGGCUUCCAGUUUAAAGACCAAUCCUUUGACUUCAGCAUCGAAUUUGGAAAGAUCGAAUGUUUUCGUUCCUUCGGCGCAUGAUUUGAGUCUUUUGGUUGCUGCAGCUAAAAAAGCUGCUUUUGAUGUUCGUUUGGCUCAGGAAUAUGUAAACGCAGCAAAGGAAGAAGUUUUGUUCUUACAAAAGUUAGUCAGGGAGAAAGAAACUUUAGCGCAAAUUGCAAGUCAAAAAAGUGAAGCUGCACAACAUGCAUUGAGAAAUGAAGCUCAAAACGCUGUUCUGGCACAACAAAAGUUGGCAAAAGCAAAAGCAUUUGCUGCUGAACAACAGUUGAAACAAGCACUCAAAGACGCAGAAGCUGCAAAAGCAAUUCAAUCAUCAGCAAACAAUGCAAACACAGAAAUUCAAAAGGCAGAACAAGCAGCAAAAUUGUCGUUCUUCAAGCAGAAUAUUGGACCUCAUAAGCCAUUUCCGAAUUAUCUGAACUUACCUACAUUCCCAUCCUCCUGGAGAGGCAUCGCAUACCCAUUAAAGCCAAUUUUUACACCACUCACAAAUUCGUAUUAA